AUGUCGCAUUUCUCAGACUAUAAAGACCUAAUUCAGGCUGACGAUUGGGCGCUAAUUUGGAUUUCAAGGGACAAUAUUAAACCUGUUAAAAUUACUGCAGGUGCCACCUUCAACACCAGAUACGGCUCCUUCCCACACGAUGACAUGAUUGGCAAGCCCUUCGGGUCUCAAAUUGCCGUUAGAACGCGUGGAUCGAACAAAUUUGGCUUCAUCCACGUUCUACAACCUACUCCUGAGCUUUGGACGCUAUCGCUACCGCACAGAACCCAAAUUGUGUACACGCCUGAUUCGUCGUACAUCAUGCAGCGCAUACAAUGUAGUCCUCAGUCCAGGGUCAUAGAAGCAGGAACCGGAUCUGGUUCUUUCUCACACGCGUUUGCGCGAUCCGCCGGAUACGUUUUCUCGUACGAGUUUCACGAGAUCAGAUACGAACAGGCAAGAAAAGAAUUCGAGGACCACGGCCUUCUGCAGGAUGGAAAUUUGGCCAUCACUCAUCGCGAUGUGUGUCAGGAUGGAUUUGCAAUCCAGAAGGGUGACAAGACGACCUUUUUCGAUGACGAACGGCUGAACGAGAGCCCCAGUCCGGUGCAAAUUAACGCCAAUGCGAUUUUCCUCGACCUACCGGCACCCUGGAGUGCUAUUCCACAUCUUGAUGAAGUUAUCUCUCAGGACUCAAAAGUGUCUCUCUGCUGCUUUUCCCCAUGUAUAGAGCAAGUCGACAAGACUAUAGAAGCAUUGGAGAAGCAAGGUUGGACUGAGAUAGAAAUGGUGGAGAUUCAAGGGAAGCAGUAUGAGUCGCGCAGACAAAUGGUCAGACAUCUGGACGACGCGCUGCAAAGGCUGCGCGAUGUGAAGGAGCGUAAACAAAUGGGCGUUGAAAGAAGAAAACGUAUGUUCAAUAAGUUGAUAAGCGACCAGGAGGAGCCAUACGAGCAAAGGCCAGAAACGCCGAAAACACAGUUCAAUCCAUUUGGCAAAGGUUCUAGAGUCAAGGAAGGUGAUACGGGCUUUCAAUGGAAGGAGGUCUCAAAAGUAGAGAGCGAGAUUAAGUCUCACACUUCCUACCUAACAUUUGCAUCGAAAAUUGUCAACAAGACCCGGGACGAAACCCUAGUGGCUAAGCUGGCAGACGAAAUAAGAGGAUCUGGGGCCAAGGUCUCGGUACCGAACAAGACUGACGACAAAAUUGGGAAGCUUUCUUGA